CGGCUUCGGAAAAACACCCCUUCAAAGGAAGAGCAGAAGUUUCCCGAUGCUGUGGAAAACAGCUCCUUCGAACCGGCCCGGAACUCUACAAUGUGCGCUCCUGAACAGAUAAAUACCCCAAGCCCGGUAAAAAGGGUUCAAGUGCGCCUGAAAAGAAUUGCAACAUCGCCACCGAGUGCGGAGCCUUCCUCCUCAAAAAAGUCACGCUUUUUUCACAGAGAGGACAAAAAUCAAAGAACAAGAUCGUCUGUGACGAGAAACGUUUACGAGUUCCUUUCCGAAUCGCAAAUAAAAGAUGACAAUACCCGAAACGACCCCGCGGCUGACAUAAUACAGCGCAUGGUGAACGAUGGCAAGGCUUGCUUGAUGAUGCGUUCGAAAAAGGAUGGUAAAACUCGAAUCAAACCUAUAAAGAAGAAAAUUAGGCCAGUGGGAAAAAGAAGGCAGGUUUCGCUCAAGAAAUCAGAAAUGGCCAAUGGAAAAGACCAGCAACCCAGUGAACCUCAAUUGAGCUGCCCAACUCGCGCCAUGUCUCCUAUUUACGAGCCCUUAGACGAAGAUGUGCAUGCAGAACCUGUCCAAGUUCCCGAAAGUCGGUCGACAGCCAAGCCAAAUACAUCCAAGCAGGCCAGUGAUGGUGCUUACAGUACUUUAGCCCGGUCUGUUCUUCUUAAUCAAACGAAGACACAGGACAACCAGCAAUCGAAAGACAAGCGGCGCGAAUUACUAAACAUAGCCCGUCAGUUGAUCAGCACACCCUUGAACCGUAAGACAGCCCCGAUCCCUGGAAAUAUAUCUACCACCACAGCUAUAUCCCCUAUUCCACGGCAUUCACCAUCGGGAAGUGCAUCUCCCUGGCGCGUUUCCGACGAGUCGGCCAUGCCAAAUACUUUUGUGUUUGGCUUCAAUACAUCCCAACUCCCAUCUUACUCCAGUGACCAUAUUCGCCGAAGACAUGUCUAUGUACCGGAUGAGCCCCGUAACCAAUCAAAUGAGUCUAAUUGUCCGGCUAUGCAAGAUCAACGAGUAGAGUCAAUAACUAAUGAGUCGAACGAGGAGAACAUGCCGCCUCCGAUUCCCAAUACAUCACAAGCCCCCAGUUACCAGGUUAUCGAUACGAGCGCAGAAGACGUUGAGAACUAUGUUCAUUUGCCAAAUCCCCGAAGAACCCAGCAGAAACGCACGCCCUUUAAAGAUAUUAACAUACUAGAUGUGGUUGUGCUGCCCUCAUGGAAGAAGAAUAUUCAAACCACACCCUCAAAGGAAGUGACACCUUCAAGGCAGUUUAAUUCCACAGCAAUCGAAAAGUCUGGAGCUCAAUCAUCACCCAGUCGGACUCAAACGAGGGUGAAUCUUUUCGGGUCGCUAAACGAAAAGAGUCCAAGGCAAACGGAAAAACGAAAUCUUUUCGGAUUUGAGGAGUUCCUUAAUGAUAGUGUGGUAACCACAGAUUCCUCACCUUCAGGAAGUCAAGAUGUGACAUUGCAUGAUAAACUCCAGCGCUUGGCAGAAAUGCGUCCUUCUAAUCUCCCUCUAGUUUCCAAUUCUCCCCUGCGUCGCGAUACCCUUAAAGAGUUCUACACAAAACAGCAGGAUAUUCGAGAUGUUUUCAGCUCCACAAUGGUGCAUCAAAGUCGCCCACGUCCAAAAAAUGCACUGGUUGCAGACGAAUCCGUAGGACUUUUUAAAGAGCAAGAAGAACCAGAUGUGACAUUUAACGAAAAGAAACCAAGGCGAACGUACGUAAGGGAAAGACCAAAAAGAAAGCGGAAACAGAGAGUGCAGCUUCUGUACGUAGAUAGUGAAUCUUCAGAGGAUGAGGACGAGCAGGACUCGCUCAAUAAUAGUUUAGUAUCUCCGCAAAAGAGCCGUCCGCAUAAGCGUUCCCGCAAGGACAUUGAACAUGAAGCUCAAUUGCAGGAUUUUAUUACCAGUUUCAACAAGCAGUGUGAAGAAGUUGAAAAGUUUCCAGUAAUCAUUGAAUAAUCUUAUUUAAAUUUUUUUUUUUAAUGUUUUGGUGUUUUUGCUAAUUUGUUUAUGUACCUUUUUGUUUUGUCUAACAACUAAUGAUUUCUUUCAACAACGUGUUCA